GGUACAACCCCCCACCCACUUCUCGAGCUCUUCAUUUGGACUGCACGUCCAUCUGCGGUGCACCCGCCUCCUGGACUCCUUCUAGGGAGCUAAGCGGCCUUGUUGGGUGGAUCCGGCGAGCAGGAGACGCAGCUCCAUGCCUAACGACGACUCAUUCAGCAAGCCCUCUACACCGACGGCCGAGGUCCCGCACGCUCCGGGGGCCCCGCCGCAGGGCAAAGCCGGCGGCUACGGUAAAGCGGCCGGGGCGAUGGCGGGAGCGGCCGGGGCCUCCGGCGCGGGGGGCAGCGGAGGCGCCUCGGGCUCCGGGCCGUCGGGCCUGGGCUCUGGAAGCAAGAAGUCCCCGAGGCUGCCCAAGUGCGCUCGCUGCAGGAACCACGGCUACGCGUCGCCGCUCAAGGGCCACAAGCGCUUCUGCAUGUGGCGGGACUGCCAGUGCAAGAAGUGUAGCCUGAUUGCCGAACGACAGCGCGUGAUGGCGGCGCAGGUGGCCCUGAGAAGACAGCAGGCCCAGGAAGAGGAACUGGGCAUCAGCCACCCCAUCCCGCUGCCCAGUGCAGCUGAGCUGCUCGUCAAGAGAGAGAAUAAUGCCAGCAACCCGUGCCUGAUGGCUGAGUCCAGCAGCUCGGCCCAGCCUCCUCCGGCCAGCACCCCCACCUCUGCUGCCUCAGAGGGACGCAUGGUCAUCCAGGAUAUUCCUGCUGUCACCAGCAGAGGGCAUGCCGAGAACGCACCUGACCUGGUGUCUGACCCCGCCUACUACAGCAGCUUUUACCAGCCAUCUCUGUUCCCCUACUACAACAACCUGUACAACUACCCGCAGUACUCCAUGGCUCUGUCUGCUGAGUCCUCCUCUGGGGAUGUGGGAAAUCCCCUUGGGGGAUCCCCUGUGAAGAACAGCCUUCGGAGUCUCCCAGCACCUUAUGUGCCUGCGCAGACUGGAAAUCAGUGGCAGAUGAAGACCUCAGAAAGCCGCCACCCGGUGAGCUCUCAGUACAGGAUGCACUCAUACUACGGGCCUCCUUCCUACCUGGGCCAGAGCGUGUCCCAGAUCUUCACCUUUGAGGACGGCCCCUCCUACUCAGAAGCCAAAGCAAGCGUGUUCUCACCGCCCAGCAGUCAAGAUUCCGGCUUGGUUUCCCUCUCCAGCAGCUCUCCGAUGAGCAACGAGAGCACCAAGGGAGUUCUGGAAUGCGAAACUGCACCCUCUGAGGCUAGCAGCUACCCUGUCAGCCAGGUCCUGGAAGAGGAUGAGGACGAGUGAGCCGCCGGUCGGUUGACUCCCGGUGUCCACAGGGUAGUUAGCAGAGGGCUUGUUCUGUUCUCUGCAGGGUUUGUUGUUUAAUUUGACUGUUCCCGUUCACAAGUUUUGGUUCAUAUUCCUUAGAAUUAGGUUAAAACACUUGUAACAGUGCAGGGCUCCUGACUACCAACUGCAAGAGAUCGAAGUGCCUGGCUCACCAAGUUUAAACAGUAGUUGAGUCUCUCUCUCCCUCCCCACGCCUGUCCCCCCCCCCAACCCCACCCCCUUCCUGAGAAACUAAUUGACUGUCCUCCGACCAAGUAAUCACAAUUACAGGCUAUUUUGGGAGUUAAAAUGAAAUCUUAGGUGCCUUAAAUUGUUAUCAAGUUUUCCGGAUUUUAAUAAAACCAAGAAAAUAUAAAUUUAGCCAAGUACUUGACCAGAGAGAAGAGCAGGCAAAUGACUUUGGAACUAUGCAGAAAGUAAAUGGAGACACUGUUGCUGUGUGGCUGUUGGCAAUAGUUGUAUCACACACUCCAAAUCCAAACAUAACUGAAAUACAGCGAGAGAAAACUGUUCAAAGGCUCUUUUCCAACAAAGGAUAACUUAAAAGAAUACAAUGUGAAGUAACCUGGUGAGGCAUUUCCUGGGUGGUGUUCCUAGAAUGAGUUUAACGUGUACAUUUUCUUUACUACAGGGGAAAAAAAUGGAGGCAAUCGAGAGGAUUUUGUAACCUUAGGUUGUAAUCUGAGUUGAAAACAAGUACAUCUCUAAAAGUUACCACUGAAAUUUGAGUUCAUUAUUUUGUUAAAAAAAAUUGCUUUUGGAAUACUUCCUCAUGUUACAGAAGCCAUCCUGAAAUGAAACUAGUCUAAAAAAUUAAUUGUGGUGUGUGGUUGCAGCUGUACCUGAAAUAAAAACGUUAUUGAUGACUGCA